UGCUGCGCGUGCCUCGAACGGCUACUACUUCACAGAACGGCUGCGCUGGUAUAGCGUCUAUCUUGGGUAUAGCACAAACGGCACUGCCGUAUGAACAUCGCCAAUGGAAGACAGGACCAACCGUUCCCAAUCCAUCGACAAGGAAUGGCGCCAUGGCUCUUGGCGGCAGCGCUCUCUCUCGGCAACAGUCGACGAAGACGUUCAUCGCACCACAAGAGUAUCCCUCAUCGUCUGCAAUCUGCUUGUCAUGCUCAUUUCUUUGGUUGUCCUAUGGGGCUCAGUGGUCGCCAUUUGGACCCGACCUCCAAGUCAAGGCGGCUUCUGGGAGCAUAUUCACAAUAACGCCAUCUUUGCCAUUGCCAUGCACAUGGAACUGCCAUUUCUUGUGCUCAGUCUCUUCGCAUUCGCAACGGCUUCCUUCGGAAUGCUUGGAGCCCUACGCGAAAACAAGAAGCUUCUCAGCAUAUACAACAAAUGUUUGCUCGUUGCUGUCCUGAUCGUAAGCGCAUGUCUCGUUGCGUAUUGCCUCCUUCCAGCGUCUCUCAAGCGCUCCGUGAAAGAUCGGUAUUUCUCCGAUUUCAUCGUCAACUACAGGAGAAGCCCGGACUUCCAGAAGCUCGUGGACGGCAUGCAAGAGCAUUUCCGUUGCUGCGGCAUUUCGGACGAGAACUUUCGAGACUGGGACCUCAAUCCGUACUUCAGCUGCAAGGACGACAACCCGAGCAGGGAAAGGUGCAACGUUCCGUACUCCUGUUGCAGAAGGAACGACUCCCAACAGCUCCCGUUAAGUACGCUGUGUGGGGCCAAGAUGCUUGCCGUCAGCGACGAAGAGGCCUGGGAGCGCAUCUACGUGAGAAGCUGCGCCGAUGCGGUGGUCGGUGCGAUGCACAACAGCACUGGAGUGGUCCUCAUGAUUUGCGUUGUGAUAAACUUCGUUCUGCUCGUUCUGCUCACAACUUCCAUACAUCUGAGAAGAGAGAUCGAAGUAAUGUCCGCGAUAUAUAAUGCGUACUACGACAACUUGAUCCAGGGCCAAGAGAAGAUGAAGCGAGAUGGUGUCUCUCUUCCCCCCAAGAAGGUUGAUGAGAAGCCGAAAGCACAAUUAUUCCGGAAGUUUUGGGAAAGAAUUAAAGAAGUAUUUUUGAAGAAGGACCUCGAGGAAGAGAACCGCAGCGGGGAGUCUGCAGAUAAAUCUAAUGGGCGUAAUGCGGCUGUUGUGGUCGAGCGAUGUAAAGUUUAGCGCCCGCGAUAUUUCCUGCAAAUCAUACACGUUUAGGUUCCUGUUUUUGUUGCAAAUGGUUACAUAUAUGUUUCUCACAAAGAGAAUCUAGUUGAAAUAGGGCAUAAUAAAUGGGUGAGAAGAGUGCUGGUGUGAUGCCGACAA